AUGUCUGGCAAAUUCAAGCAAUCGAAAUCUACCGUGACUGCGACCUUGAACCGCUCGCACUCUUACAGCACGCAACAGGAUGGCAGCAGGUCGCUCUCUGGCAACGCAUCCUCUACCUUGGCUGAUGUUGUCUCCCGGUCAGCCUCACCGGGCUGGAAGAGUCCGCAAGUGAGCCCGCUGCCGUCGCCAUCAGAGCAUUCUCACCCAGGGCGUCGGACCAGCUGGGAAGAUUGCAUGCUCAAGCGGGCCGGCUACACCAGCUUCCCAGACUUUGAUCAGUUGCGAGCGCAGCUUGAGUCGAAGAAGACAUGA